AUGGAUUUCUUCCGGCCGCCGUUUGCUGCUACCAUGGGCAAGGGUGGUUGUCGAUUGUCAAAGAGGCCACGAAUAGCAUGCGGACAUUCCCAUGGCGCCGGUGCGAAUUGCCGCAAUUCGGUCACUGGCAACAUGGGGAAAUCCAGCCCCGACGGCAACGUAAUCCAAGUUACGCUACCGGCAACACUACACAUGGUAACUCUAGAUGGUGGCAAUCAUUCUAUAUCUAGUAUACAUCUACUAUUCCUCACGUUGUCUGAUAUCUUGUUGACAUUUGGCUUGUGCGGUAGUACGGUGCCUGUUGGAGGUUGGUUGCUCUUGGUCUUGUUCGGGCUGUGGCUGUGGCUGUGGCUGUGGCUGUGGCUGAGUCGCCCAAGGACAACCAAUCGCCAGAUCAGACAGACAUGCGCAAGGAUGGCUGAUGAGAUUCUGCAAAUAACCGGUCCCUACGAUACCAGCACUGUGGUCCCAACUACCAUGUAG